UUCCUCUUUCCGCCAUCUUGGGUCCUGUGGAGGCCUGCUGGGAACAGGACUUCUAGAAGGCAACAAUGUCUGGAAGGCUGUGGUGCAAGGCCAUUUUUGCUGGCUACAAGCGAGGUCUCCGGAACCAAAGGGAACACACGGCCCUGCUGAAAAUCGAAGGUGUUUAUGCCCGGGAUGAAACUGAAUUCUACUUGGGCAAGAGGUGUGCCUACGUGUACAAAGCAAAGAAUAACACAGUGACUCCUGGCGGCAAACCUAACAAAACCAGAGUCAUCUGGGGAAAGGUAACUCGUGCUCACGGAAACAGUGGCAUGGUGCGUGCCAAGUUCCGAAGCAACCUGCCUGCGAAGGCCAUUGGACACAGAAUCCGAGUGAUGCUGUAUCCCUCAAGAAUUUAAAACUUGAAAAUAAAUAAAUAAAAAUGGAUUGAUUAUCUUGUA